GUUUUCCUCCUUUAAAUAGCCAGUUAGUAUAUUAAAGAGACGGUUUCUUGGAAAAAAAAUUGCUAACCGAUUUCACCUCUCGCCAUUAUAAGUCAGUCACUCAAGCUUUAGAAAAAGGAGAGGGCUCAUGUGCGCAAGGAUAGGCGGGUUGAUCCGAUUCUGAUGCCGACCAGCAAAAGUGGCGACACUCAGGGGGGAGUGGACCCGGGUGAUGAUGACCAGUACUCAAAGGAGUCUUUAGCUGAGCUGCACGACCGCAUCAACCGCAUCCUCAAACAACUUCCCGCAAUAACAGGUCGAGCACAAGUUUUUGUCUCCAAGAGCUACGAGUCACCACCAGGUUCGGCUAAAUCAUCAGCCAACGAAAAUGCACACCAAGAGCAUGGCAGCGACUUCAGCCAAACAGAGAGAACACACGUAACUGGCACUCACUUGGACCCGCGUUCAACUAGCCGACGAAAGACUAAAAGACCUAGAACUCCUAGACUGAAACACAAACGUAACAAUGUUGUCAGUGAACCGGUAGAGAUAACGCUUUCGUCUGUAAGCAGUUGCACUUCUAUGCGAAACUUAGAGAAGUUAAAAUCGCUCUCGUAUAACAUUCCACGACUUGCGACGCCGAGAAUUCUAGAAUCGCCGACAGGCGAGAACUACGAAUCAACGCAGUCCGAAAAUUAUCCUCUUCAACUCACGUCUAGAAAAACAGAAAACCGUGACGUCACCGCUUCUUUUUCAGUUUCUACUGAAGGUUUCAGCAGUUACAAUAGUGGUCAUGUGAAUAAAAACAAAUAUUAUAGGCCUCCGCAAAAAUUGGCUGUCAAUUCUGAUGGUUUUUUGGACGAAAACACCAGUGCUUUACAUUCUGAACGCAGCGAAAAAUCAAACGCUCGUUGUGAGCAUCUUGAAUCAAACACAUCUGGUGAAACGAAGAAAAAUGAGUUUUCUUCAUUAGAUGACAGUCUGACUUUGCAGCCUGAAGAAACAUUUAAUUUGGAUGAAAAUUUGGACCAAUUUGACGAAGUUUCGAACAUGAGUGAACAUUUUUCGUGGAAGGAAAUCAGGAAACAAAAAUCAGUUUUGCAGCUUUUCAAUCAAUUUGCAAGUUCUACAGAACUUGCAGAAAUUUUACUCACUUUCAAACAACUGACUAAAAUUUGCGAUGUAGAUGCGGCUUUGAGUCGUUCCAAAACAUUCCGAAAUUUGGGUUCGAAGCUGCUCGCAGAGUCGAAAACUUUUGCGAAUGUGUCCAAAUGUCUGAAUGAUAAGCUGAAAAACAUAGUGUAUGAUAAGCAGAACGUAUGCUGGUUGAAGAAAGUUGUGGUGAUUGGGGCUGGGCCUUGUGGCUUGAGGGCUGCCAUCGAAUGUGCUUGCUUAGGUGCUCGUGUUGUCUUGGUUGAAAAACGAUCCGACUUCUCUCGAACGAAUUGCAUCUAUUUAUGGAACUUCGUCAUCGAAGACAUGCUUUCACUUGGGGCUAACUUCCUUGGGGGAAAAUUCUCCGCUAUCCGAAACCCCAACUCAGUUGAAAACGUUUACCCAAUUGCUACGACCCAAAUUGUGCUGCUGAAAAUAGCCCUUCUUUUGGGCAUUACCAUAGUAACCAACGUUGAAUUCAGAGGCAUUUUUUAUCCUAACGAAUCAGUUACGAACAAGUUUUCAUGCUGGUUCAAACUCAACAAAAACAACUUAAGUUCGUUAAAUGAAAAAUUUGAUUUGAAUCAGUUUCCCGUGCAUGUUUUGGUAUGUGCCAGCGGUCAAAAUGUUGCUUUACCAAACGGUCUUUUCAGCGAAAAACAAUGUGACAAGAAAUCUCUUCAAGCCGGCUUCGGAAUUACAGCCAAUUUCAUAAAACCGAAAAAUGUGCCGAGAAAAGUUCCUGAAACGAUAACAAUAGAAACUUCUAGAAGCUCGAAGUCGAAUGAUGGUUAUAUUCACGAUGUUAAGCAAGCUAUUGAAAAAGGGUUCUUUCACCAAACUGUCAUGCAUUACGACUUAGAUAAGUUGUAUUUCAUAAUGACUGCAAAUCCCUUUAUUCUUAAACAAUGCGGUGCUUUAAAGAAGUAUUAUGCCGACAACAAACUCAAAUCGACCAAUGUCGAAAAUAUCGAUUUUGAUGCUCUAGCAGAUUACGCAACCGCUUCUGCAAAUUACGCAACUCAUGGGCAAUUCUACCCACUGAAAAUGGCCAAAAAUAAACAUCACAAGCCAGACGUGUCUUUAUUUUACUGCACGCCAAAUGUUGCGGCCAACCACGCGGGUAAAAUUCUCGAAUCUGGAGGCCAUAAGUUGUUUAUAUUUCUGGUGGGGGACAGUUUGAUCCACCCUUUUUGGAAAACAGGGUCCGGGUUGGCCAAAGGGUUUAUGAGUGUGUUCGACGCCGCCUGGGUUCUGAAAAUUUACUCGACCAUUCCGCAGCAGCCGCUGUUGUCCUUAGCUCUUCAGGAGUCGCUCUAUUUAUUCCUGAAGAACCUGCAGUCCAGUGCCGUCAGGUCAUUCGAUGGCGCUUUCUCAAUUGAUCCUGCCACGAGGUACAAAACACUAACUGCACUACCUAUUGUGAAACCGAGAGAUGUUCGGAAUCUGAUGCGGGACGACGGAAACAACAACAGCAGUCGGGGGGUCAAACACAGCACCUCCCUCCCCCAACUGAGUCUGAAUAGGGAACACACAGAGGUGGCCACUUCUGACUUCUCAGUACUCAACAUUUUUAGAAAAAUCAAAGACGUAGUUUGAACAUAACAA